AUGGCUCCCUCAUCUUCUGUUUCUAAAUCUUCGCAAGAGGCUAGCUCUGUCUCUGCUAGUCCAAGCAGCGAGUCUUUCCAGAAAACUGCAUCAACGCCUGCUCGUCGUUCGCGGCCACCGCGGCCCAACUACAGGCAUAUUCAUCGCUUCCCUUUCCCUGUCGACGUCCAUCCUUUGCCGCCUUUGAUACCCCACAACCCACUGUCGAUCGUUAGUGUGUUGCUGUCCUACUUGACGUACCUUAUCGCACCGCCCCAGCAGCAUGUCUACCCGGCCUAUUUUGACUCAGCAACCUCAUCUGUCCAUGUCACGGAUCCGAAGGCCAUCCGAGCUCUCUGGGAGAUGGGCUUCUUCGGCAAGGGCAAUCUUAGUCGAAGUGAACCGAGCUGGUUGGAGCGAGAGAAGAAACGGCGUGGAUUGCUCGGUGGCACGACCAGCGAAGAGGUUACCCGACAGCGCCGGACAGAACGCCGCGAGUUGAAGAUGGAGCGUGCCCGCAUGGAGAAGCUAGCCAUUCAAGAACGACUGAAGUCCGAAGCAGCUGCCCGGGAAAGCUCUGAUUCGUUUGUCGAGCAGCCCUCGCAAUCAUCGUCCACGGACGCUUCAACAGAGAAAUUCUCCCUAAGAAAAGCGAAAGAAGCGAAGCUGUUGGGUACGCAGCGCGCGGUCACAGAGAACGGGGAGGCCCGCCCUGCUGGCACCCCCGGAAAACAGACACCGAACGCAGAGGAAGGCAGAGCUAGCCGAGAAGGGGAGCCAAGCUUGGAAAAUGAAGAACACCUUCACUUGUCGAACGAGGAAGCCUUCUUUCUCGCCUAUGGCCUUGGUGCAUUGACAAUCUGGGAUGAUACACGGAAAGCAGUUAUCCCGUCCUCAGCUUUACUUCCAUUGUUCUGUCACCAUUCAAAAUUCCCCUCCCGGGACCCAUCUACGGGCUUGAAACCUGACGACACAUUUUUAAUAUCUUAUGUCGUUUACCACCAUUUCCGGUCGCUAGGAUGGGUGGUGCGAUCUGGCGUGAAGUUUGGAGUGGAUUAUCUUCUUUACAACCGUGGCCCGGUCUUCUCCCACGCUGAGUUUGCGGUCGUGGUCAUUCCAUCCUAUGUCAACCCGUACUGGUCAGAGACGAAGGAGCGCCGGACACACUGUGCUAAGCAGGUGUCGCGUAGCUGGUGGUGGCUGCACUGUGUCAACCGUGUUCAGGCACAGGUGAAGAAGAGUUUGGUGGUAUGCUAUGUCGAAGUGCCACCACCAGUGUCCUACGAUCUGGACGUGCCUUUAGAGACUGAUAUCGGGGAAAUGCUUGGUCGAUAUCAAGUUCGAGAGAUGGUGACGCAAGAGGACAGCAUCGACAUCGCGAGGCUGCAACGCGUCGCGCUGGGCCAGGUGUCUAUAUAUCCUGAUCAAAGUGAUGGUGGGCCUCUACCUCAGCAACAUCAGCCGGUCGAUCAAGAAGAAGGUGCUCAGAAAUCACCCGAACAUGUGGCAGCGAGUUCGUCAUCGUUUUUAGCACAGCAGGGCGCGAUUAUGAACCCACCAAAUCCAUCAUCUCUCGACAAAAGCCCAAACAGCCACGCGGCAAUUCAACUGGACAAAAUGGGCUCCGUGGAAACGCUCCCUGCGGAUACUCAGGUGAUCUCCCAGCGGGUUUAUGAUGAGAUCAUUCGCAAAAACCAGGAGGCAGACCACAAGAUGGGCCCCGACAGCAACUACGGAGAUCAAGCUACACUUCUGACCCUCCAUGAGGGAGACAGCGGUCAUAUUGAUCUUUUGGCUGGGUAUGAAAAUGUCAAUACGGAAGUGAUCAAUCCCGAUGAUCAUGAGGAUCGAAGCAGCUCUAAGCUUGGGGAUUCAUCGCCCGCACAAUAUCAACCAGAUUUGUUUCCCGAAUCGCAACGUUUCGUGAUGAAGACCCCUGCAACAGCCGUCAAGCGGGCUCAUUCGGAUGGCCUUGCUAACAUCUCUCCCACCGUCUCACGGAAUCCUCUCGCCACGGAUGUUGGAUCUAGCGGUGGAAUCAUGGCUCUGAGCCAAGUGUUCAAGGCUACUCAGGCACCAUCCUCCCCUCUAGUCAAUCGACAACCCCAUUCUGACCUCGUAUCGGAUCGGCCGUCACCCAAUAUCCCUAUCCAGAAAACUCCACUUGCCCCGAAUUUGUCUUCUCCGUACAAUCACAUGGCGGCAACAUUUCCGCGAGAUUCUUCGGGACACAAACUCAACUACAUUUCAAUGCAGGAAUCUCAGGCAAACCGGGAUAGAACGUUAAAUGAGCGAAUGACGCGUUCGGCGGACCAUGUCUUCUCGGGCGACCAUAGUGAUGACGAUUUCGACAAGGAGCCUAGCUUUGUUGAACGGAUGAGGCGUCGGCGCAUAAUUGAGAAGGAGGCUGCGGCUCAGUUUGCAGGUUUGACGGCACCUGCACGGUCAGAUAGUGGUCACAGUAGACAAGUUAGCAAGGGCACGUUGUCGCCAUCGGAGGAUUCGGGGAUUGAUGAGGAGCAUGAGCAUGAAUCGGCUGCAGCUUCUAUCGUUCCGCAGCCGGAAGGAACGAGCGACGAUGAGACUGAACGAGAGCCAGAAGACAACAGGGGCCAAUCCAUCCCAAAAUCUACUGAGCAUAUUUCGGCGACAGAGGAAGACAAAGAAAACUGCCUUGAUGUAUCAGGAACUCCAAUAAUUGCCACUACUAGUGCACAUGAUCGUCUUUCGCAGGCCCUCGCCUUUGAUGGUGGUAGAUCGCCCGGUCACGGAAGCCCAGAGAAGCAGCCACAUCGGGCACAUCUAAUUCGCAACAUCGCACCGGCAGAACAACCGCAAGAAUUUGGCAGGUCGUCACAAGUGCAGAGGGAAGCCGACGAAGACAUGGAGACGAAUCGCAGCCGAAGAACGUCACGUUGUCCAGACUCUCAGGCCCAGAUAGAGCCUACAUCGGACAUCGAAAGAAUUGUUUCCUCACCCACAAAGCAAUCGCGCAUGCGCUCUUCUCCCCCUGCGGAAUCGCGGCGUACUGGGCUGUCAUCCGAGUUGGGCAGCCCCCAUUGCUCUCCCACCCCGCGAGCCACCCAGGCUCCAGAGAAGAAGUUGCCCGGAGUCGAAGGUGACAAACCUUCUUCAACACAUGAUAUUCGAGGUAAAUCGUCGUCAAUGCCCUCUCGCGUCGCUGAAACGCCGGUUCCUCCUAUGGGUUAUGCGGAUGCAGUACCAAUGACCAGUAUCCCGGAAACUAGUCCCAGUCGGUCGGAAAACCAAGGAUGGUCUAACGACAUGAACAACAACGACACAGCAGAUCAGGAUACUGAUGAUGAUUUGCCGCCUGCCUAUCACACUGCGCUUGAGCGGGCGUCACACCCGCAUCAAGCAUUCUUGAACAGCUCCUCACCCUUGAAACAAUCUCCAGUCCCAAACUCCAGGAUCCUUUCGAGCCCGAGUGGAAGAACACGAAGGGCACUCACUGAAAUUGCUGCUGAUGCUUCACCGCAAGGAGGAACUGGAGCUUUCAACCUAGACAUUGAUAUUUUGUCAGCCGACGACCGAGAGUUCAGAUCUGCAGUUGCCAUGUCUCCUGUUCCACCGAGAAAGAAACGCCGAGGCAACGGCGGGCAGAGUGUGUACGCUUCUGAUCCUGUCCAGCCAAUGACUCCUCGCUCAAACCAUCAGUUCGGACCUGCUGCACCAUUACCUCAAGGGUACCAGAGACGUUUCAAACCUUCUCGGAGGACCGGGAGUAUUUGGGACAUGGACGAUUCUCCUCCGCGAAGCCUUGUCCCGCGUCGUCGAAAGUCCACAGAAGCUGAACCGUGCGAGACGCUGAGCCAGGAGCAGCCGAGGGCCGUGCAGCAGCGUCAACUAGUCAGCCCUGUACCUGAGGAACCACGCAGUGAUAUCACGAUUCAGGAUCCAAUAGAUACGUCGAUCGCGGAGAGUCCUGCUACCGAGAUUUCGCCUAUGGUUGAGCCGCUCAUCCCCCCAGUGGCUGAAAAUGUCCCAAUUGCAGUCAAUCAAGUCUUCGCUGCUUGGAGUGGGACCAAGCGUGCAUACUACCCGGCAACGUGCUUUGGCAAGCCGUUUGGGACGUCACAAUCUCGGUAUCGGGUCAGAUUUGAAGAUAGCGCGCCCAUAGACAUUCCAGUGGGGGCUGUUAAGAGACUGGAACUUCGUCCCGGCGAUGCCGUCAAAGUGGACAUGCCCAACGUGCCUAAGGUCACUCACGUUAUUAGGAGCCUUGUUCGUAAGCUGAGCAUCGACGACAUUGAACAGGGUGCUGCGAACGGGAUUAUUCCCGUAACUGAUAUUUAUGGCUAUUCGGCCGUUAUGGUAGGCCCUAAGCAGCGCAAGAGUCUUCCGAACCCCGGCCUAGUCGUGACCGACAGCCUCAUUGAAGUGCCGAUCUCACGAAUUUACCUUGACACGAUCUUGUGGAAUCAACUCAAAGAUCGCACCUUUACCUACCUCUCCGAACCUGUUUUUGCUGAGCGCGGUGCUCCGACGCCCUUGGAGGGCUUUUCCACGCCCAUCUCCUCCCCUGGUUCGCGCCUCUCGCGCAGCAUCCGUCUCUCGAAUGGGUUGUUCGCCGGAAUGGUCUUCGCUGUCUCAUUCGGUGACAACAACGAUGCUAAGACACGCGUCGUGAAAAUGAUACUCGAAAAUGACGGCCGCAUCCUCGAAGAUGGAUUUAAUGAGCUUUUCGAUCUACCGCUGAAUGCCCCCAUUGCCACACCCACCAAGCAAUCAGCCCCCAAGUCAGAUACACAGCGUGAUCUUCUUCAGCUCAGCAGCAGCGCCGCGGACGUCGGAUUUACCUGCCUGAUUGCAGACAGACACUCUCGCCGAUCAAAGUACAUGCAAGCUCUAGCUCUUAACCUCCCUUGUCUUUCAGACCGCUGGAUUGAAGAUUGCGUUGCGCGGGGACGCAUUGUCGAUUGGGAAAUAUACCUCCUUCCCGCCGGCGAAUCAACCUAUUUGAACGGAGCAACCAAGUCACGGAUUCUAACCCCAUACUCCGCCACCGAGGCACGGCUGUCGGAGACUAUCGCCAGGCGACCCAACCUCUUGAACGGGCAGUCCGUUCUCCUAGUCACAGGACGCAGUGGACGACUCGACGAAGAACGACGCAAGGCGUACCUCUUCCUGACAUAUGCGCUCGGGGCGUCGCGGAUUGAGCGUGUCUCAGACUUGAAUUCUGCCCGAGCCAUCCUCAAUGCACAGGCCAGAGACGGGCAACGCGUCAGCCGCAACUGGGACUGGGUCUACAUUGACGAUGAUGACAAAGCGUCUGCAAAAGCCAUGACUUUGAGCUCGUCAGCGGCGUCUGGCUCUGGUUCGAGGAAGCGAAAGCGAACCAAGCUCGUGGAGUCAGUGACCGGCGAUGACCUGGGGUUGACUUCGAAUGUCAGGAUUGUUGGCAAUGAAUUUUGA